AUGGACGACACUAGGCAGCAUGUGCGCGUCCGUGACGGUGAUGGCGACGCUGAUGGCGGCGAUAUUGAAAAGGGCUUGAGCCUCGAAGAGAAAACGAAAACGGCCCAAGUGACCACGCUACCAUCUUCGCUCUGUGCCAGUCAGGGCAAGGAGCAAGGACAACUGGACCAAGGGUUGCCGUCGUCCUCGUCCUUCUUCCAACGCCUUGCUUCACAUGGCGUCGAAACCCGGGGGAUCCAUCCCGUGGCCCUCAAAGACCGAAAUGACAGGCGACCUAUCAACAUAUUUUCCUUCUGGUGGACCGCCAGUCUCAGUUUACUCCCUAUCACCACCGGUCUCGUCGGCACCUAUUUCGACGGCCUCAGUCUAGAAGCGACGUGUCUGACCAUUCUGUUCUUCUCGCUGGCCGGAGCGUUGCCCCCGGCGUGUUUGGGCCUGUUGGGACCGCAGACGGGGCUCCGGCAGAUGGUGCAGGCGCGGUACAGUUUCGGGCUGUACUUUGUCGGAGUGGUGGCGCUGCUCAACCUCGCCACCACCACGGGCUGGACCAUCGUGAGUGCCAUCGUGGCCGGCCAGACCCUGUCGGCCGUCAGCGGCGGCGGGCUGAGCUGGGCGGUGGGCAUUGUCAUCAUCUCGCUCAUCGGCCUGACCAUCUCGUUCAUGGGCUACCGGGUCGUGCAUGCCUACGAGCGCUUCGCCUGGAUCCCUGCCCUCAUCGCCAUCGUCAUCACCGUCGGCUGCGGCGGCCACCUGCUGAAGAUGCAGGCUCCGACUGACCCGGCCAAGGCAUCGACCGUCCUGACCUACGGCUGCGUCGUCACUGGCUUUCUCAUGUCGUGGGCCACCAUGGUGUCGGAUUUCUGUGUCUACAUUCACCCCAGCACUUCCAAAAUUCGCAUCUUUUCAUACACCUACUUCGGCCUCCUGAUCCCCACGGUGCCCCUGAUGUGCCUGGGCGCCGCAAUCGGGGGCGCCAUCCCCAGCAUCCCGGCAUGGGAGACGGCGUACGGCGACGGGGCGAUCGGCGGCGUGGCGUUAGCGAUGCUCCAUUCCACCGGCGGCUUCGGCAAAUUCGUCACCGUGGUGCUCGCCUUCUCGGUGCUCGGCAACAUGGCCGGGUCGAUGUACUCGAUAUCAGUGCAGUUCCAGAUCCUGCUAGGCCCGGUGUCGGCACGGGUCCCUCGCUUCGUGUAUUCGAUCGUCAUCACCGCCGUGGUCAUAGCUGUUUCCAUCCCCAUCAGCCACGAGUUCGAGGAAUCGCUCGAGAGCUUCCUCGGCGUCAUCUGCUACUGGGUCGCCAUCUUCGUCGCCAUCGUCUCCACCGAGCAUCUCUACUUCCGUCGCGGAGACGCCAGCUCCUACGACCACGCCAUCUGGAAUGUUGGUCACAAGCUGCCUCCGGGUCUGGCUGCCAUGGCAGCUAGUAUCCUGCCGUUCGGCCUCAUCAUCCCCUGCAUGGACGAGUCGUGGUACACCGGUCCGAUCGCCAAGACCACGGGCGACAUUGGCUUCGAGGUCGGCUUGGUCCUCGGGGUUUUGUUCUAUCUCCCUUUUCGGACCUUGGAGCGUCGCAUCACUGGAAGAUGA